GAAUUGAAGGUCCGCGGCGAACUGGCAGCUCGUUGAAUUUUAUUUAUUUUUUAGGUUUUUGCAUUAUAAUCUGAGUUCGAAUACGUUCGAUAAAUUGCAAAUACAAUUUAUUAAAAUGCUGUACUAGUGCCCCAAGUGAACAGGAAUACGAAUAAUAACGGAUUACCUACCAACCUGUUAUAGAUGUACAUACAUAUUUUAAUAUAUACGUAUGUAAGCAGACUAAUCCUGACACUAAACAACACCGAGUUCCCUACAACUAGACAAUUGGUAUUUUGAAAACUACUUAAUGGAUUUCGCAACAACCAAACUAAUUAUAAUUGGAAACAAACGAUUUAAGUUUAUUCUCUCACCAAUUUACAAAAUAAAUAUUAAUGGAGAUUUAAACUAGUAGUUAAACAAAUUAAAUGAAAUAAUUUGAUUCAACGGCGCGACCGCGACACUCUCAUCUCCUUUAGAGAAGAAAAACAUGGCUAAUACAAUAUCAUUAAUGUCUAACGUGAUACGUAAUGUAGUAAGCAAGAAACGGAUACGGUACAAAGAAAAUGGAUUCAACUUGGAUCUCACAUACAUUUGCGAAAAUAUAAUUGCAAUGGGUUAUCCAGCUCCGGAUAAAUUUGAAGGCUUGUACAGGAAUCGUUUCGAAGAUGUUUUUAAAUUCUUGGAAGAAAAUCAUGGACAGCACUAUAAAAUUUAUAAUUUAUGUCUAGAACGGGAAUACGACAUCAACAAAUUUCAUGGGAGAGUUGCAAUUUACCCUUUUGAGGACCAUAACCCUCCCACAAUUGAAUUGAUACAAAGGUUCUGCCAAGACGUCGACUCCUGGCUCAAGGAGGAUAGUCUAAAUGUUGUAGCUGUGCAUUGCAAAGCUGGAAAGGGAAGAACAGGUACCAUGAUUUGUGCCUACCUGUUGUACAGUGGGAUGCAGAAAACAGCUGAUGAAGCAUUGGCUUGGUAUGAUGAGAAACGUACGAAGGAUCGUAAAGGUGUAACAAUCCCAUCUCAGCGUCGAUAUGUUCAGUAUUUUUCAAAUUUAAUUUGUUCAAGAGUUCAAUAUAAAAAAAUAAGUCUAAAAGUCUGUGAAAUACGAUUUGCUGGGAGCAGCUUCUUGCGUAAUGUGCAAUGUUCGGUAUUUGUGUUAGAGGAUUCCACAAAUGAAAAAGUGAAGCUUCUGGACACGUGGCCAAUUGAUUUCAAAAAAUCUUUUGUAUAUAAAGGUAAUUCAUCUUUAACAGUUGCCGGUGAUAUAAAGGUUGAGCUUUCACAGUCUUCAAAGUCUUCGCCGUAUUGUCACUUUUGGUUCAAUACGUUCUUCGUCCAAAAUUCUGCAGUUUAUGAAUCAUUUGGAAAUUCAGAAAAAUUUAUGUAUACUCUUAAAAAAUCCGAAAUCGAUGAUGCACAUAAAGAUCGAGAACAUAAAUCAUUUUCUGAGGAUUUUAAGAUUUCGAUUGUUUUUGAAGGUAUUCCAAUUGAGCCCACAAAAAAAAUGCCUAAGGAUAAGUUUCGCAAUCGAGAGGAAAAUAAUUUUGCUGUAUCAUCUUCAAGUCGUUUUUCAGAGGCAAGCGGUGCACCAUUUGAAUUAGUGGAUGGAACGGCGGAUAGUCGUACAAUUAUUAAGGAUCAACAAAUCGAAAAUUUGGAACUGGAUGAAACACUUACAAACAAUCAAACAAAUGAUGGAGUAUCUACCCAUUCAAAAAAUCCCUCAACGGCGUUCAAACGCAAACAGCCUUCGACAAAGUCCAUACCAUUAACAGCAAAUAAUACAAUAUCAAAAAAUGAUACAAAGAAAUUGCAUAUUGUCAAUCAACAACCGUCCGCAAAAAAUUCUGGCUUUGUCAAAUGGCAAAAUGAUGCGAAUAUUACACCCAAGACUCGAGAUUUAAAUGAUAGUAGUGGCAAUAUUCUUAAAUGUGUUGGUGGAGGAUCGAUUAAGAGCCUUGAUCAGGAUCCAUACAACAUCACAUGUAAUAAACAAAGGUCUUCUCCACAUGCCAAUCAUAAUCAUACCGGAGAAGGCGACGAAGAUUGGGAAUCCGGUGAAUCAACAUACCUUUAAUAAAUGUGUAUUACGGACUUACUCUUGGUGAUUUAUAGAAACGUAAUUUAUAGUUGCUAAGUAUUUCGCUAAUAUAUUCGAAUUUGUAAAUAGAUUGUAUGAUAUUUAUUUAAG